GUAGGGCAGGCGCUGUGGGAGGGAGCGCCAGAGCGAGGCUGAGAGCAGAGCUGGUCGCGUGAGGCGCGGCGGCUCUGCUUCAGGUGUGACAGGCAGCGGCGGCCGGGCUGAGAGCGAAGGGUUGAGCGCGAGCCCCUGGGCUGCGAACGCGGUCACCAUGGACCGCCCGGAUGAGGGGCCUCCAGCCAAGGCCCGUCGCCUCAGUGGCUCCGAGCCCCCUCAGAACGAGCUGCAGCCGCCGCCUCCGCCGCCUCCGCCGCCUCUCCUGCGCCUGCCCCUGCCUCCACCUCAGCAGCGCCCGAGGCUCCGGGAGGAAACCGAGGCAGCACAGGUGCUGGCUGACAUGAGGGGGGUGGGACUGGGCCCCACUCUGCCCCCACCGCCGCCCUAUGUCAUUCUAGAGGAGGGGGGGAUUCGCGCGUAUUUCACCCUGGGGGCUGGGGGUCCCGGCUGGGAGCCCGCGAUGGAGUCAGGGUAUGGGGGGGCGCCCCCUCCCACGGAGAGCCUGGAAACAUUCUCUCCCUCGGAGGUUGCUGGGGGAAGCCUGGAGAUUGACUUCCAGGUGACGGAGCCCAGCAGCUUUGCAGGAGAGAAGGCCCUAGAAACCUGUAGCGCAAGGGGGCGGGGGUACCAGAGGUUAGCUGGCCCACGGGGGAGGGAAGAGACCGUCAUCAUCGUGGAAGACGACGACGAGGAUGAAAAGGAGAGUGUGAGGAAGAGGAGGAGGAGGAGGAAGAGGAAGCCCAGGAAGGUGAAGAAGGAAAGCAGAGAGAAGAAUGCCGAGAAGAUAGAGUGCAUCCUGCAGGCGCUGGAAAAUAUUCAGCUGGACCUGGAGGCGGUGAAUAUCAAGGCGGGCAAGGCCUUCCUCCGUCUCAAGCGCAAGUUCAUUCAGAUGCGAAGACCCUUCCUGGAGCGCAGAGAUCUCAUCAUCCAGCAUAUCCCAGGCUUCUGGGUCAAAGCAUUCCUCAACCACCCCAAAAUUUCAAUCUUGAUCAACCAACGUGAUGAAGACAUUUUCCGCUACUUGACCAAUCUGCAGGUACAGGAUCUCAGACAUAUCUCCAUGGGCUAUAAAAUGAAGCUGUACUUCCAGACAAACCCCUACUUCACAAAUAUGGUGAUUGUCAAGGAGUUCCAGCGCAACCGCUCGGGCCGGCUGGUGUCUCACUCCACCCCAAUUCGCUGGCACCGCGGCCAGGAACCCCAGGCCCACAGGCACAGGAACCAGGAUGCCAGCCACAGCUUCUUCAGCUGGUUCUCAAACCAUAGCCUCCCAGAGGCCGACAGGAUUGCUGAGAUUAUCAAGAAUGACCUGUGGGUUAACCCUGUGCGUUACUACAUGAUGGGAGAAGGGGGCUACAGGGCAAGCAGAAAGAAACAAGAAAAGGAAGAAAGGCUUCCCCUCAGUAAAAACAGGGAUGAAUAUGAGGUGGUGAUCGUAGAAGACUCUGAUGACUAUCACAUCAUGGAAGACAUUAUUGGCGAGACCUCAGACAGUGAUGGUAUCACCGACAAUGAGACCAUCCAUGACAUCAAGAUCUCUGACUUCAUGGAGACCACUGAUUGCUUUGAGACCACCGACAACGAGAUAACUGACGUCAGCGAGAGCCUCUGUGACAGCGAGUGUCCUGGCCACAAUGAGACCACCGACAACAACGAGAGCCCUGAUGACAAUGAAACCACUGAUAACAAUGAGAGUGCUGAUGACAACGAGACUACUGACAACAAUGAGAGUACCGAUGACAACAAUGAGAAUCCUGAUGACAACAAUGAGAAUCCCAGUGACAACAGUGAGAACCCUGAAGACAACAACACUGAUGACAAUGAAGAGAACCCUGAUGACAAUGAAGAGAACACUGAUGACAACGACGAGAAUGCUGAUGGUGACGAGAACCCCAGUGGUGAUGAUGAGAACCCCAAGGGUGGCAACCAUGGCAGCAAUGGCAACAACCAGGACAACAGUGGCAGUGACAACGGAGACAAUGAUGGCAGUGACAUUGAAGAUAAUGAUAGCAAUGAAGGUGACAAUGAAGGCAGUGAUGACGGCAAUGAAGGUGACAAUGAAGGUAGUGAUGACGAUGACAGAGACAUUGAAGACUACGAAAAUGACUUUGAAGACUCUGACAAGGAUCACCAUAACAGCACCUACGACGACGAGGUAGAGAACAUCUUCGAAGAAGAAUCAUCAGUGGAGGAAGAAGAGGAGGAGGGCAGUGAGGAAGCCAGCGAGCAGGAAGGUGAAGACAGCGAUGAUGAGGAAGGAAGUGAGGAAGAGGAAGGAAUCGAAGAAGAUUCAGAAGGAGGGGAAGACUCAGAAGACUCUGACAUGGAGGAGGUGCUUCAGGUCCAAAAUCCUUGGGCCAACCCUGGGAAGAGGGGCAAAAUGGGAUAAAACGUCUUACCCUUGCGGGGGCUGCCUCUCUGUAUCCCUUUCCCCCUGCCCCACUUGCCCUCCCUAUCAGCUAGGGCCGAGCGGCCCCACAUUGCACUUCUGGGGGGUGACUGACUUCACUUCGUACACGGGUUUAAAGUUUAUUUUUAUGGUUUAGUAAUUGCAGAGUUCUUAUUUUGGGGGGAGGGUAAGGGGGAUUGCCCCCUUCCUUUUGGCCCUCCUCCCCCGCAGGCUUCUGUGUGCUGCUAAACGUAUUUAUUGUGAUGCCUUGGUCAGGGCCCCUCUAUCCCCCUCCUCGUGCUGUGUGGAGUGGACACCCUUAAUCCCAAAGCGGGGAGGGCCGCUGUGGCCUUGGGGGGCUCUGUUGCCACCCUGUUCUCCCACGUUUCUCUUUCUUUCCCUCUCCCCCUCUCUCCCUCCCUUUCCCCCCACCUCCACCUCCAUUCCUCGCCUUUCCCCUGCUGUGCCCGCUAGCCCGCCUCGGUGUCUAUGCAAGGCCGCUUCGCCAUUGCGGUAUUCCUGUCCCCCUCCCCCAGAAGUCCCGCCUCGUUCCCUGUGAACCCUUAUAAUCCUAAUAAAAUACUGAGCAAAUUCAAA